AUGGACAGAGCUUUGGACCUGGAUGGAUCCUCUGGGAGGUCAGGUGGGACAGAGGUGGCAUCGAACCAGAAGGGUUGGAAAGACAAUCCAGUGGAAUCUGACUCUGUUUUCGAUGAAUGUCGGUACACAUGGUCCUGGGGAAGUCCUGACAUACUUCCCAUAUUUGCCAAAGGUGCAAGUGGAAGCCAUGUUUAUAUAGACGUGUAUGGCUCUGAAGUUGAAGAUUUCUCUGGAAGAAGAUCCACAACAAGGCUUGAUACAUGGGUGUUUAGGAAGGUUGAGGAAUUUCUGAACCGUGCCAAGACAGAUGCUGUUCUUAAUGAAAAACUUCAUCAAGAUAAAAUUGUAUUUUUCCCACAUCUUCUUGGACUUGAUACAGCUGGUCAUACACAUAAACCACAUUCAGUAGAAUACAAGGAGAACAUAAGAGUUGUUGGUGCAGGAAUCAGAAUUGAGGAAAUGAUCGAAGAGUUUUAUCAACAUGACAAGAAGACAGCUUAUGUAUUCAUAUCUGAUCAUGGCAUGACAGACUGGGGUUCCUAUGGAGCAGGUGCUAAGAGUGAGACAGAGACACCCUUGGUUGCCUGGGGUGCAGGUGUGAGAGGACCCUGACCGAGUACAAGUGCUGAACCUUCCAGUCCAGCUUUCUGGAGACUGGGACAUUUGUCUUGCAGUGAUGUCAGUCAGGCAGAUGUUGCACCACUAAUGGCAAGCCUGAUUGGAAUCCCUGUGCCAGUCAGUUCUGUGUAUGUUUGUUUUCAGAUUGUUGCAAGCGAAGAGCUAAUAGCCUUGAGUCUCUUAGGAUUGAACUAUUACCAGAAUUACUACCAGCGCCUUCUUCUAACUUGUGUAACUCUUGCAUUUCUUGGUUGGAUUGCCUGGCUUCUUCACUCCCUAGUUGGUGAUGACAGCAGUCAUAAAAAGAGCCCUUCAUUUCUUCAUGUCCAACAUGAUGAAGUAUAUCAGGAGCAUGAGCUGUUGACCUUCACUCAUUCUAGACUAUUCAGAGGGGACUGCUGUGUGAAUAUUGCCUUUUUGUUCCUAGUUAUUCUGACUAUGAGUCUGAUUUGCAUACAAAUGUUACUCCUUCAAUUCUAUAUAUACUUUCUGCUUGCCGAGUUAAUCUGGUGGGCUGUAGCUCAACACUGGGCUACACUUAUGGCAGCCAUAUCUCAUGUCAGGAGCUCAAUGGGUCUACGAAGGUUAUUGAUGUUCUUCGUCUUCCAUGUUAUAGCAAUUGAAAUACUUGAAUGUAUGCCUUAUAUGAUCCUUAGCCCUGUCUUGAUCAUGUUAAUGUUGCACCUUGUUACAUUAAGGGUGUGUUCAUAUUUGAAGGUUGUGUCUUUCUUCUACCGUUCUUUUCUGAGUAUUGGGAUGCUGGGCAUAGCAGUUUGGCCCAUUGUCUUUCUACUAGCCCAACCAGUUCAUUUGCCACUUCUCGCAGGCUGGUUGACCUCCUGUCUAUUUCUGGCAUUGUUUCUUCUGCUUCCUGUUGUAGGAAGAGAACCCAACACACAACUUGUGAGUGGCAACAUUGCAAGCAUCAAUUCAUUUGAUCCAAAUUGGGUACGCUGCUUCGUGACGGUGUUUUCCCCCUUCAUCAUGACACUGCUAAUCCUGUGGAAGAUAAUGAUACCAUUUCUGGCUGUGACUUGUAUUUACCGUGCUCUCAACAUUAUUGUGCAGGUGAAGGGUUGUUGUUUUCAUGUAUAUUGUAACAGUGAGAUUUUCAGAACUCUAGAAGGUAACUUCCAAAUGCCAAGUGGGAAAUUAAUUCCCAGCCUUCCUUCUGUGCACCAACAGGGAAGCUGUUUUUCCAUUGUCCUGAUAUUCGGUGAUGCAGUGGGUCUUCAUUUCCUUCACUUGGUCACUAAUCAUGGAAGUUGGCUUGACAUUGGUACCUCUAUCAGUCAUUACGUCAUUGUACAGACCACAUUGUUGUUCUUGGUUCUACUGUAUGGCCUAGCAUGUGUUCUAACCAGUAUUUCACUCUGGCCACUACUGGAAGCAGAUGGACACUGUCACCUUCUGAGAUACAAGUAUGAGAAGUCUCGUGUCUCAUUGGAAUUGGGUCAGCCCCAGAAUAAAAAUAGUGUCACACAUGUAACAGAACAAAAGCAACAUACAGAAUAAUGUUGCUUUAUUUAUAAUUCUUGAAUAUGUUUCAUUUCAUAUAAUAGUGUUUCCCAAUGAGUGGUCUGUGGCUUUAUUUAUACAUUCCUGACACUUUAGUUAGUAGUACCAUAGCAAGAAAACUACUGUUUUCAGGCUAGUACUUUUGACACUACAGAAGAUUUCUGACAGUGUAAAUCAUUUCAUGUACCCUCAUACAUUAUGUUUAACUGCAUAUAUUCUUUGUGGGUAACUAUGAUGCAUCUUCAGUUUUAAUACUGCAUAAAGGCUUAGUAUAAAUGGACAUAAUUAUAUAUUAGUGAUUUAGUUCUUACUGUACAAUGUAAGACGGUAGGACAUUAAUCCUGGGUAAGUCCACUGGUGUCUUAAUAAUCAGUAAUUCAGAAAGUUUGGGAAUCACUGUUGAAUAAGAUGCAGCUCACAGCAUGUAUAUAUUUAUAAUUUUUAUGACUUUAAUUUAUUACAUGAAUGUUGAUUUUUAAAUUAAAAUUAAUUUAAUACAUUGGGGUCCCUGCAGUUGGGUGGGGGCCUGGCAUUUUUGUUGUGACAUUACUAACUUCCAAAGGAGAUAUAGUUGUGUAUCAUAGAUCAAUUACAGAUUUUUCUGUCUUGCAUUUUCAGUAUCAUGCCUGCGAAUUGUAUGCACAGUGUAAUUUUCUUUGUGUGGUACCUUUCCAUUAAUGCACGAUGAACUAUUUGCUGUGCCGGUGAAAUUUGCUGUUCCCUGACAAUAUCAUGUUCUGUGUUUUACAUGUCCCUUCUCCAGAGCACAGUGGUAGCUGUAUGUACCACAUUUUAUAACAUAAAAAAAUCUGUAUUGUACCCACACUGUGUAUUUAUGUGUGUCACAUAAUUCUCUGGGUAAACAGCGAAUAUUUCUCUAAUCAGCCUAAAGCAACUGUUGUUUGUAAUUGAGUUGCUUUAUGUUUUCUAUGAAGCAGGAGUUGAAUCUUUAUGUGUUAUUUAGGUGAAAUCAAGGCUUCAGAGGGCUAAAUUGCAGGCAAUUACAGUGCAUCUCAAGGAGCUUUCAGUUCUACUACACCCUACUAUGUUAUGACUAUUGAAAUUGAAACAACCCUUAACUUACUGCUCAUUCUUUUCCCGUUUCUUAUUUAUUUUUUUUUUUGCCCUCUUGCCACCCCUUACUUCAUGUUGGUGCUGCAGCAUGAUUCAGUGAGCUCUGGCCUAGUCUGAAUAUACAGUUUUCUUCACUAUGCAGCUCCAUGAUACUGCAGGCUAGAUAUGUUGCUGACUGCAUUCUGGACCAGAUUUGAUUAUAUUUGUUGGAAGUGUGAAAAAAUGUUUGAAGGACCCCACACCCUAGAUUACUAAACCUGGCAAGAGACUUUAAUAAAUGUCAAAAGGCUAACUGGUAAUUUUCCAGGGUGAUCAGAGUAAGUGAAAAGGAGUAGUUUAACAGAUAUUUCAGUAUAUGAGAGUAAAUAAUAUUAUUGUCUCCUGGGAGGCGGUGCCAUGUGAUCUUGAGGAUAGGUACCAGCAUUUUGAAGGAACCUGCUGCCCACAUCUUCAGGAUCUCAAGAAUAAAAUUUAUACAUUGAAAAAGGAUGCAAUAGGUUUGCCCCAAACAUUUGUACAUGCUCUACUCUGAAGGUUGGGGCGGUAUCUUCCUUUGAAAUAUUGGUACUUAGCUACCAAAGCGCGUGGUGUUGUUUCUGAGGAGAAAGUUCAGGACUCCCAGAACCCCCCUCUACUCCAUGAUAAUCACAGACAACAAAAAUAAAUUCAAUUUACCUUUUAAUUUUUUAACUUCUGAGUUACAACAUUUUACAUUUUAAGACUAAUAUUCAAAUGUAAUGGAACACAAGAAUCGUAAUUAAGUUUAUAUUUAUGACCACUCGUAUGGAUCCACAUUGGUAAUACAAUUCGAGUAGUACAUUUCAUGAAUACUGCCUAAUAAUUAUCCAGCUGGAUCGAAAGUGUAGGAAAUGUACAAAAUAAACAAAUAUUA